AUGGCAAUUCACCCAGUUCCUGGACCGGCGUAUGCUAUCUUAGCAGCGGCCAAUGGUAGCAAUCCUCAACUGGCUUCCUACAGCAUCGCUCAAGCCGUUUCGUCACUUUCAUCAACGGCGAAUAACCUCCAGGUGUCGUCGCUACCAGUGUCGAACGGUUUCCGGGCGAACACGGUCCACAACACUGCAUUCAAGGCUCCGGCUCACAAACAUGCACAUCACCUCCAUUCUAUACCGCCUCGGGAAAAGAGUACAAGGACGCUCAUUAUUGAUCAUAUGCUAUGGGUUCACGGACGAACACGGUUUGCUCAGGCCCGAGCAGAACUAGGCAUGACGGAUCGCACCGGCGGACCUCGAUCCCAAAAUUAUAUCCAUCGUCGACGCCCAGAAAACUUUGAAGAGGAAGAGGUGGUGGGCAGCGAUGGCGAAGAUGUCGUUAUGCUCAAGACUAGAGCUGCUGGUCGUCACCAUGAUCCUCUCAGCGAUGCCGAAGAAGAACGGCUGCGCAACCAGGAUCUGUCUCUUGCUCGAAGCCUUCGCCUACGGGCAGAGGACCUCGAGAAGAUCGUUCUGUCCAUGCUUGAGCAGCCGCCUCCGGUUUUGCCCAUACCAGACGAAGACAUCCUCACACCGCCAACAUCACCGCAAAUCCAUCCAUCCAACCAGCGUACAGGCUCCCAUCCUCAUACCUUGCCCAAUGGCGUCCGUCUUCGUCUAGCCCUUGGUGUCAUGAUCAAUGACCUCUUUGCCAGACAUGCUCCGCCACCGCCCUUCCGUCAUCAACGUUCCCAGCAACCAAACUCGCCAGCUGUGAGUCAUACACCUUCCGAUAUCUCAUCGGUCGACCCUACCUACCUUCCUACACCGUCACAUUUGCCACCUGCCCUGACUGCCGUAUCUUCUGUUUCUGCGUACUCGCCACUCGUUCCAGGGUACAACCAGCACAACUAUCCUCCCAAGACCCCCAUAAAACCAGCAGGCCGUGUCCACGCUUUAUAUCUGGAAGGCGCAGAUCCCAGUACAGCCAAUUCGCCGCCGGCAUUCCGGUGUCCUAGACAUCUCCAUACAGGUUGCGAAAUAUGUGUUGGAGCCAAAUCCUCUGUGCGAGUUGCCAGUGGACGUGGUCGCUCAAAUUCCACUGCUGCGCCCGGUGUAGGUGACCGGCCGACAAGGAUGGGUCUCGCGCCUACGUGGAAAGGCACAACAGCCGGUAUGAGCCCUGACGGAGGUGGAAUAACAGGAUGGAAAGACGGCAGCGGUAUCGGGUCUGGGCUCGCGAGAACAGCAGCAGGGGGAAGCGUUUUGAGGCGUAACAACCAGGCAGACGAAGUCAUGGGGUUAGGAAUCGGUACAGGUUCAGGGAACACCAAAUUGUCUGCUUUGAUUCCCAGGUUCUUGAGGCUGUCCGCUUUAGCAGCAGUAGAGUUGGGACGGGAGAAGAGAGAAGAGGCUGGCUUCGAAUCGCCACGAUCAAAGGAUGGAGAUGGGGGUGGUUACAUAUCCGCAGGGGAACGUAGCCAUGAAAAUGGGAGGAUGUAUGGAGAAUUAUCUCCUUUACCAUCACCUGCUCAUACGUCGACUGUUCGGGCUAUUGCUGAGGCCCAAAAUCGGUUAUAUGGCGUAGCUCUUCGCCCGUCGAGACAAUGGUACAUGCUUCUCGCUGGCUUACUGACUAGGGCGGUGUUAGAGGGGUACUUGACGGAUGGUUGGAGAGGUUCUCAUGCCGUGGAGUGUUUGUUGACUGUCGGGCUUGGUAUCAUUGAGCCUGUGCCUGGCAGAGAGGCAGAGCCUGAUCAAGCAUGGAAGGAAUUUGACCCGGACGAAAUGCCGAGCUUGUCCGAGGCGGCGCGGGUGCUCUUUCCUGGACUUCGGCAGGGCGCGCCGUUGAGGAAAGGUGCGGAGGAACAAGAAUUUGAGAUGGAAAUGGAUGAACGGCUACGAAGAUUCUAUGAUAUCCCUGCGUCGACCCCAGACUUGUCAACACACAUGGAAGAUCUUGCAUGGCAAUAUCCUGCGGAACCAGUUGAACGUGCGGCGGUCAGGUUCUGCGAAGCUAUUGCCAAAUGGCGAGGCAAACCAGAGUUAGAGACUUACAAGAAGAAAUCCUCGGCAUCAAGUAACGGCUCGUCUUCGGCUAUGACAAUCGAGUCGCUUGUGCAUUCCAAUCCGGUCAGUCCGCCGACGAGUAGGGACCCACUUCGACUCCCGCCGAGAUUCCGCACAAACGCACCGGCUAAUGACCGGCAGCCAAAUAUUGAGACGUACUUUAUCCCGACGCAGUACUCGACGAGCGGAGACAACAACGCGUGGGGGUGGAAUAAGCGGCCACGGUCACCUGAGGAUGAUCGCACUCGCAUGUCCAAGAGAGUUCACGUAUGA